UGCAGGCCCCAGAUGGUGCCCACCUCGGCCGGCGCCAGGACCCAUCCGCCGCCUCCACUGCCCCUGUGGGGCACAGGUCCCUCCAGACGUGAUGGCGAGGCCGUGGCUGUCCUGCCUCCUGCUUCCUGCCCUCGUGGUGACUGUGGCAGCCAACGUGGCCCCGAUGUUCCUGAGCAACAUGACGACAGUGAGUCUACCUGAGGACCUGCCAGUGGGUGCUGAGGCCUUCUGGUUGAUGGCUGAGGACCUGGAUCAGGACCCUCUGACCUACGGGAUUAGUGGCCCCAAUGCCUAUUUCUUCACUGUCACCAGUGCCACUGGGGAAGUGAAGCUGGCCAGCCCUCUGGACUACGAGACGCAAUUCUCGUUACUCAUCACGAUCUCUGUGAGCGACGGUCACAACAACCCAGUGCAGAAGGAAAUGUACGUGAUCGUGGAGGACAGAAAUGACAAUGCCCCCGUUUUCCAGAAUACCGGCUUCUCCACCAGCAUCAAUGAGACCCUGCCGGUCGGCUCCCUGGUGUUCUCCGUGCUGGCCGUGGACAAGGACACGGGGUCGGCGGGCGCCGUGGUGUACUCCAUAGAGCAGGUCAUCCCCAGCACCGGGGACAGCAAGCACCUCUUUGAGAUCCUGCCCAACGGCUCCAUCAUUCUCAACGGCAGCCUCAGCUACAACAACAAGAGCGCCUUCUAUCAGCUGGAGCUGAAGGCCUGUGACUCCGGCGGCCUGUACAACAACAGCUUCGUCAUCCAGUGCUCCCUGCCUGUCUUCCUGUCCGUCUCUGUGGUCGACCAGCCCGACCUGGACCCCCAGUUUGUGAGGGAGUUUUACUCGGCCUCUGUGGCCGAGGACGCACCCCAGGGAACCUCAGUGCUGCAGGUGGAGGCUGUGGAUGGCGACAAAGGCAUCAAUGACCUCAUGACCUACAGCAUCUCCAACUCCACAAGGCCAGGCUGGUUUGACAUCGGGCCGGACGGGGUGAUCAGAGUCAGCGGUUCCCUGGACCGCGAGCAGCUGCUGGAGGAGGAUGAGGAGGUGCAGCUCCAGGUCACGGCCACCGAGGUGCACCCCAACAUCUAUGGGCAGAAGGCCAAGGUGAGCAUGUGGGUCACACUGAGGGUGACAGAUGUCAACGACCACAAGCCUGAGUUUUACAACUGCAGCCUCGCAGUCUGCACCCCCCAAGACAACUUCACUGGCUCCGUGGAUGAGCACGCCUCCACCCGCAUCCCCAUCGACGACCUCACCAUGGUGGUCUCUGACCCAGACAAGGGCAACAACGGCACCUUCCUGCUGUCCCUGGGGGGCCCCGAUGCCGAAGCCUUCAGCGUCUCCCCCCAGCGGGCGGUGGGCUCCGCCGACGUGCAGGUGCUGGUGAGAGUGCCGUCGCUGGUGGACUACGAGAGGCAGCCGGUGAUGCUGGUGCAGGUCACGGCCACUGACUUGGUCAGCGGGAACUCCUCUGUUGCCUCAGUGACUGUCCACCUCAGAGACAUUAAUGACCAUAGGCCCACAUUCCCUCACAGCUUGUACAACCUCAGUGUCUUCGAGCACAGUGCAAAUGGCUUUGUGGUCACUGACAGCAUCCAUGCCUUUGACCCAGACACGGGUGAAGGGGGCCGCCUCACCUACAGCCUGCUUUCGGGGAACGGGGCAGACGUCUUUGAGGUGGAUCCAGACUCAGGGACAGUGACAGUGAGCGACAGCAAUCUGCUGGACCGGGAGAAGCAGGCCGUGUACUACCUCACGCUGCAGGCCACAGAUGGCGGGAACCUGUCGGGCUCCACCACACUGCACAUCUUCCUGCUGGACAUCAACGACAACAGCCCGGUGGUCAGCGGCUCCUAUAACAUCUUUGUCCAGGAGGAGGGCAAUGUUUCCGUGACCAUCCAGGCUCACGACGACGACCAGCCAGACACCAACAACAGUCGUCUGCUCUUCAGCCUGCUGCCCAGCCCCUACAGCCACAACUUCUCAGUGGACCCCGACAGUGGGAUCCUCAGAAACCUGGGGCCCCUGGACCGAGAGGCCAUUGACCCCGCCCUGGGGGGCCGCAUUGUGCUGACCGUGCAUGUGGCGGACUGUGGCGUGCCUGUCCUCAGCACUGAGGUCAACGUCACCAUCACUGUGGAGGACAUCAAUGAUAACCUGCCCAUCUUCAACAAGUCCAACUACACCUUCCAGGUGAAGGAGAGGGACCCAGGAGUGCUGGUGGGCGUGGUGGAGGCCCGGGAUGCAGACCAGACGGAAGCCAACAACCGCAUCAGCUUCAGCCUGUCGGGCAGUGGCGCCAACAACUUCGUGCUCCGAGGCUCGGUGCUGGGGUCUGGGUGGGCUGAGGGCCGCCUCUGGCUGCCCUCGGAUGUGAGCCUGGACUACGAGACACAGAACUCCUUCACGCUGACCGUGAAUGCUGAGAACCCAGACCCCCAGGGGGCUGAGGCCACGGCACAAGUGGUUGUGGAAGUGGAGGACGUGAAUGACGAGCCGCCCACCCUGGACUCAGCCUCGCUCCACGGCAUCCGUGUGGCUGAGAACGGCUCGCAGCAUGGCCUGGUGGCUGAAGUGGUGGCCCGAGAUGUGGAUACCAUGGCCCAGCUGGAGGUGCAGCUUGUGAAUGUCCUCUGCACCAAGGCCGGAGUCGACGUGGGCAGCCUGUGCCACGGCUGGUUCUCAGUGCUGGCCAACGGCUCUGUGUUCAUCAAUCAGAGUGAGGCCAUUGACUAUGAGACCUGUGACCUGGUCACGCUGGUCGUGAGGGCCUGUGACCUCACCACGGACCCCCGCUUUGAGGCCUACAGCAACAAUGGAAGCCUCCCCAUCACCAUCGAGGACGUGAAUGACAACGCGCCUUACUUUCUGCAUGAGGAUAAGACGUUUGUGAUCAUCCCAGAGCUUGUGAUUCCCAACCAGCAGGUGGCUUCUGUCCGGGCCAGAGACGAUGACUCAGGAGACAACGGGGCCAUCCUGUUCUCCAUCCUCCAAGUGGAUUUCAUCACUAAGGAUGGAGCCACGACCACUUUCCAGGGCUUCUUCCGGGUCUCCACCUCCUCGGCGGACAAUGAGUUCAUUGGCAACAUUGAGCUGGUGACCAACCUUGAUUCCACUCUCCAAGGCACCUACCAAGUGACUGUCCGGGCCCAGGACAGACCUUCCGUAGGCCCUGCCCAGGAAGCCAGAAUCACCCUGAACCUCUUCACUGUGGACCAGAGUUACCGUGUGAGGCUGCAGUUCUCCACGAACAAGGAGGAGGUGCUCGCCCACUUGGAGGAGAUUAAGGCGGCUCUUGCCCAGGCAACCAGGACCACUGUCUACGUUGUGAACAUUCAGGACAUGGAAACGGCUCGGGCCCAAGGCCGGUCCUACCUGGAUGCCUACUUUGUCUUCCCGAAUGGGACGGCCCUGACAUUGAACGAGCUGAGUUCGAUGAUCCGGAGUGACCAGGACUCACUGACGCGGCUGCUGCAGCAGGGGCUGGUGGUGCUGGGCUCCCAGGAGAGCCAGGAGGCAGACACGCCGAAGGUGCUCACUGGCGUCAUCGUAGGACUGGGAGUGGCUUUGCUGCUGGUCAUUGUGAUCAUGACCACAGUCCUUGUGUGUGCCCGGAGAAGCUACCACCGGAAGCUUCUGGCUGUGAAGGCUGCCAAGGAGGCCCGGAAGACAGCGGUAGGGAUGAUGCCCUCAGACUCAGCCAUCCCCGGAACCAACAUGUACACCUCUGAGCGGGCCAAUCCUAUGCUGAACCUCGCCACCAAGGACCUGGGCUUUGAGUCCCAAUCCUCCUCCAGUGACCUGGACAACGUCAGCCUCAACUCCCUGGAUGACAACUCCGUGGACCUGGAAAAGGACAAGCAGAAAAUCAAGCAGAAGCCCCUGCCCUGUCCGACGGAGCCAGAUCCAGAGCCCCUGAGCCUGGUGCUGGAAGGAAGGAAGAGGGGCACGGGUGGACAGAAGGAGGAUUUGUCCUUCACCAACGCUGGCCUGGACACCACAGACCUGUGAUGGGGGCCCUGCCACUGGACCCUUGCCACAGAGCCCUGCGUGGGCUCCUACGCUUCUGGUCCACCUCGAAAGAGGCCUUGUCACCCUCAUUAUACCUACCUCUCCUUGAACAUAAUAAUAUAUCCUGUUGUUCUGCC